UUUGAUUAUAACUUAUAUUUUAUUAUUCAUUUAUUGCUUAAGAAAUUGAAAAUUAAAAAGAAAAUCUCGCGCUCAGUGACACACCACUCCUCCUUCCUUGUCUCUGAUUGGCUGAAGUGGAUCAGCUGUUCGUGUCUGUCUCUUCCUCUUUAAAAUGGCUGCAGCAGAAAGUUAGGAUUAAACCAGAAGAAGAAGUCGUCAGUGUGGGUGUGUGCGCGGGCACGGGGCUGGAGACGGAGACGGGUUCAGGAUCUCCUGGAUUCCACUGUUGUCACUGGAUUUCACUGUUUUCACGGAGACUCAAAGUUUCAAAUGAACUGCAGGGUCCUCCGAAUCCUGAACCCUCGCCCAGAGGCUCCUCCUCCCAUCAUGCCUGUGGACAUGGCAGUACGAAUAUGCUUUGCCAAUUCACCUCCUCUGCACUCCUUCAUGGCCAACUACAAGAGUCGUUUCUCGUCAUCAUCGUCUGCUGCACCUGAGCCGCCGCGACCAUGUCUUAGCAGCGGCACGGAUUUUACGGUAAUGGAGAAGACGGCGGCAGCAGAGAUAUCCUGCAGCUCGUCUGUGGCGAGGAAGAAGAAAAGUGUGGCGUUUGCCGACUCUCAGGGUUUUGCACUUGCAGCGGUCUACAUCUACGAUGAGGCUGAGGAGGACCUGAUGACCGAGCUGCAGUACCAGCUCAGGGAGAUAGAGGGUGCAACAGCUGCUCUGCACCUGGAGGAGAGGAAUGAUCCUGCAGACCCUAGUCCAGACCUGGUCCUUGACUUCACUCCACCAGUCGCAGACUACUUGGACCUAAGAAACCGACUCAAAGCACAGCAUGUUUGUCUGGAGACCUGCUUUGUCCAAGAGCAACGCCUCUCAGGAACUGUCCAGGUCCAAAACCUCUGCUUUAAGAAGUCGGUCUCGGUCCGAGUCACCUUCGACUCGUGGCAGUCUUUCAAGGACGUUCCAUGUCAGUACCUGAACAACGUCUACGGCUGUGACAACACCAACACCUUCUCCUUCUCACUGGAACUGCCAGAGCUCCUGGAGCUGGGCAGCAGGGUGGAGUUCUGCAUCCAGUACCAGGCUGAGGACCAGACUUACUGGGACAACAACCAUGGGACCAACUACUGCCUGCUGGUCCUAGACCAGGUCACAGAGAAGACAGAGAAGAUGGAGUUUGAUCCCUACGGAAGUCCCAGGACUUCUGCUGGGUUCUUUCCUGAAUGGCAGAGUUGGGGCCGUGUUGAUGCUCAUGCCCCCUACUGGUGAAACCACAUCGAGCUCUUUCUGAUGAUGCAGUCACUCUAUCGAUGAUGUCACAGGACUUUUAUACUAGCAUUGAGCAGUCACUCCUGGAGCCAUGCAAGCAGGGCCAAAGCCAAUCCCCUAGCACUGGUGGCUAUGCACAUGAGGCUAAGGCUAACUGCGUUUAAACAGCACUUUAACCACAUGAACCACAAGCUAAUACUGUAGCCCUGAAAAGCUAAAAACCUUAACUUUAAAAGUGAUGCUAACCCUAAAGGAGAUGGUCUAGCUAAGACCCUGACCUACAGGUCUGUAGAUGAGGAUAGUGGUAAAGCUAAUCCCUAACUCAGGAGAUAAUCCAGACUGUGAACUGAUUUUCCGUUUAACCUGAGUCGCUUGGAUUUGUCUGUGUUUACCCAGAGUCUGGCUGAGUGAGGACUAGGUUUCAGCUGGUUUUACUUUCACCACCUGUGGUCUAAGUGCACUGACCUGAACCAGAUUCUUGGCUAGAAAAAAAAAAGCACUUUUAAAAACUAACGUCUGUAUUACAGUUCUUUAUAAACCACAUCUGGUGUAGUUCAGGUGAACCUGGUCUUUAAAGAAACCUGGUAUUUCAACUGGACUGUAGAGGGCGUUAAACAAGUUGAAGGUGCAUCCAGGAGAACAUUAUGCAAACAGAGGAGAGCCUUUGUCCCGAUCCUUUCAUUCCCAAGUGCUUCCUUUCAAACACCCAAAGAGCCAUGAUGUGUUCAAGUGCUCGCACAGAUCUGUGCAAAGCAGCUUCAUGUUCCACACCAUUUCACACAGCAGUCUUCACUGCAUGUACCAGGCCAGACCGGUUCUGUAAAUGUCCACUCUUCUACUGUAAGUCUGGGACUGUGGUCCAGUCCAACCUCCAGAGGAACUAGAACCCUGUAACGUCCUAACCAGGGAGACCUGAAGAAAAACCUGUAGCUGCAAACAGAUUAAUCCGAUUCUUUUCGUAUUGAGGCUCAUUAAGUUUGUGUAGCGCUAACACCCAACAGUAAUGUAGUCAUCCAGACUGCUUUUGGUUUUGCAGACUGCUGUAGAAAACACACUUAGACGCUGUAGCUAACAUGUUUGAUUAUAUUGUUUAUAGUUCUAUCGUCUGUCACAGUCACGCCAAGUUGCGACACAACUCUGAGCAGUUCAGAGGUUAAAGUUAUUACUGCACUUCCUGUUAGCACUUUUGUUAGCUUGUAUAGCUACACCACUGUUUUGUUUGUUUGUUUAAGAGAAUGUUAAAGGGAUCUUAAAGUGUGUAAUGUCGAGAAUGUUAUGGAGUUUGAACUGCUGUGUUGAUGUCUGAUGGUCAUGGUUUAGGGGGCGUGGUCAACGUUUAAGGUGGUCUUACAAGUACUAGUAGGCACAGAAAGAUGAGGCUAACUCAGCAACAUGUAUUAAUGGACUUUUUGAGGUGACAAGCUAGCAAGCUAGCCUGUUGCUAGCAAUAGUGAAUGUAAUGUUAAGUGCAAUACAGUGUUUUUUGAUGAUGAUGAUGUCACACAGCGAGUGAUGUGAGUGUUGGUGUUCAGUGUUGGUGAAAUCUGUGUUCUUUCACAAUAAAGUCCUGUUUUUAUAGUG